CAGCGGACAAAAUGCGUUCAACUUCUGCAGCACGGCGUGUAAAGUUAAUACAAAGAAGUUUAUCCGUGGAUUUGCUUCUUUAAAACCACUGAAGGAGGUUUUUUGGCUGUUUUUGGAUCCAAUAUCUGCACCGAGCGAGCUCCACGAACAAACAUUUGGACGUCGAGGAUUUCUUUUUCGCAUGUGUGCAGCCAGCAACAGGUUAUUUACAGCUCAGCACGGACUCCAAACUUGCAGCCAGCGGUCAACUUUUCGUGGAUGCAUUUUUUUCUGCGUGUUUUUUCCCCCCGUGCAUUCACGGUGAUGUGCGGCUUUGUGAUCGCCACAGACAGAUCCUAAACCGGUUAGCAGAGGCUGUUUCAGAGGAGGGCAGAAAUGGGAAGAAAAUGCCAUAUGAAGACUGCUAAUUAAACAACGCUGGGUGAUUAACAUUGCAACACACAUCGACAGACGGAGCUGGUGUCGGUGCAGAGGGGUUUUUUCUGCACGCAUAGAUGGUGCCAAACAAGUGGAGCAUGAAUUCAGUCCUGCACAAAUCGCCCCCGAGGAGCUGGCUUGGUCUCAGAUUACGUCUCAAUGACAAGCCCGUCCAGGAGGAGGACUGGGUGGUGUGCCAGCAUCCUGAGUGUCCCGAGCGCCGCAGGGCCUCCAAGGUUUGCCACCACCCAGACUGCCAAGACCUGAAUAACAAAAGCCCCCUUCACCUGUGUGAGUCAUGUGACUCACGCAGCCAUUCAGAGAACACAGACAACAUGCACUUUGACCGGCACCCCCGAUUUGACUUACAACCUCAAACCUCCAUCCUGGCUCGGAACGUGUCCACGCGCUCCUGUCCCCCACGCACCAGCCCCCCCUCCGACCUGGAGGAAGAGGAUGAGGGGAGCAAUGACCGCGGGGAGCGUAAAACAGGGGGGAUGAAGCUGGUGAAAAAGAAGACGCGGAGACGACACACUGAUGACCCCAGUAAAGAGUGCUUCAGCCUGAAGUUUGAUCUCAACGUGGACAUAAACACAGAAAUAGUACCUGCGAUGAAAAAGAAAACUUUGAGAGAGGUUUUGGGUCCAGUGUUUGAGAGGAACGGCAUCGAGCUGUCCCGGGUCGACUUGUUCCUGGAUCAGUCCAACACGCCGCUGUCUCUCAACUUCGAGGCCUACCGUUUUGGAGGACACUACCUCAAAGUCAAAGCUCGGCUGGGUGAUGAGCUGAAGGUGGAGCAGGGUGUGAAGGACUUGCGGUCGCUCAGUCUGCCCAACAUGAAGCCCGCCGGAGUUCAGAGCCCUUACAUCCUCACCCCGGGCAGCGAGAGGAUGGAGCAUGGAUCUCUGGGACGCAAAGAAAGCGUGGAUCUGCUGGGUCAGGCUCGACGGAGGAAGAACAUGACAGAGUUCCUGGGAGAGGCAAAUAUUCCUACCCCGGAUGCUCUGGGACAGAUGGGCGGCUCGCUGCCCGGCAUCGGGGCUGGUCCUGACAGCUGGAAAAACCGUGCCGCCAGCCGCUUCAGUGGCUUCUUCAGCUCCAACGCUGGAGCCGGGCCCUUCGGAAAGGAGGUGGACCGUCUGGAGCAGCUCCAGAGCAAGCUCCACUCCUACACGAUGUUCGGGCUUCCCAAGGUGCCACGGCAGCUCUCCUUCCACCAGGACUCCUGGGAGGAGGAGGAGGAGGAGACCAACCUGGUCCUGGAGGACAGUUGGCAGAUGCUACUGGACAACUCAGAGACGUUGACGAGGCGACAGUUCCACCAGCAGGAGGCGAUAUGGGAGCUGCUGCAGACGGAGGCGACUUACAUCAAGAAACUCCGAGUCAUCACUGAUCUAUUCCUGUGCGGGCUGCUGAACCUGCAGGAGAGCGGCCUGCUGACGGAGGUGGAGCCCGCCAAGCUGUUCAGUAACAUCCAGGAGAUCGUCCGCCUCCACACCUCCCUGUGGAGCCAAGUCAUGCUGCCAGUCCUGGAGAAGGCCAGGCAGGCCCGGGCUCUGCUCGACCCCACCGACCUCCACCACGGCUUCAGGACGUUCGGCUCCAGGUUCCAGCCCUACAUCCGUUACUGCAUGGAGGAGGAGGGCUGCAUGGAGAACAUGCGCACACUUCUCAGGGACAAUGAGCUCUUCAGGACCUACGUCACGUGGGGAGAAUCACAUAAGCAGUGUAACCGUCUGAAGCUGGCCGACAUGUUGGCGAAGCCCCACCAGAGACUGACCAAAUAUCCACUCCUACUGAAGAGUAUCCUGAAGAAGACGGACGAGCCGUCGGCCCGAGACAUUGUAAACAGCAUGGUGGCUGCAGUCGAGGGCUUCAUCAACAGCGUGGAGUCCCAGAUGCGACAGCGUCAGGAACAGCAGAAGCUGGCCACCAUUUCUGCCCGAAUAGACUCUUACGAGGCCGUCGAGGGCAGCAGUGAAGAGGUGGAGAAGAUCCUCAAGGAGUACAACCGCUUCGACCUCAUGGCUCCCAUGAGAGGAAUAUCACCGGAGGAGACUCGACAGCUGCAUCUGGAGGGAGCGCUGAGGAUGAAAGAGGGCAAAGACAGUCGGAUGGAUGUCUACUGCGUCCUGUUCACCGACCUGCUGCUAAUCACCAAGCCGGUGAAGAGAGUGGAGAAAGUCAAAAUCAUCCGGCAGCCUCUGCUCAUUCACAACGUCGUCUGUAAGGAGCUCAAAGACCCUGGCUCCUUCAUCCUCAUCUACCUCAACGAGUUUAAGAGCGCAGUGGCGGCCUACACUUUCCAAGCCAACAGCGCCACCCAGGGGCGCAGCUGGAUCGAUGCAAUCUGCAACGUCCAGAAUCAGCUCCAGAGGCUUCACACCGAGGAGGUCCUCCGACAGCAGAACAGCCUGAAGAGAUGUAUGGAGGGCGAGGAGGAGGAGGAGGAGGAAGACGAGAGCAGCAACUCCACCACAAGCUCUCCAUUCCUGAGGCACAAAGACCAGCAGAGCUCGAGUCAAUCGGACGGUUCCACUGAGACGCUGUCUGUGAUGGAAAUCGAUGAAUCAAGUGAGCCUCCGUCUCCCAACAUGAACCUCGAGGGAAUCAGUAAAAAAGACUCUGAUGUCGCUCCCCUGUCUGAGACAUCUGAGGUGAAGCUGUCUCAGUCCACGAGCCCCCGCAGGAUUCACUCCGGUGUUUACUCUGAUCAGGAGACGGGGCCCGACGGCGAGGAGCUGGACCCUCAGUGCCGCUCUCUCUCCAUGGACAGCGCCUACGGUACCCUCUCCCCCGAAUCCCUCCUGAGAGAACUUCAGCCACAGCCAGGCCAAAGUGAAGGAGAGGAGACCGAAGAGGAGGACAGGGAGGUCGAGGAACAGGAGGGGACGGAAAUAAAGGAGGUAGAAGAAGAACGGGAGGACGAAGAAGAACAGGAGGAAGAAGAGGAAGAGGAGGAGGACGCUGCCUCACUGGGGUCCCAGCUGUCAGUGGUCCAGUCCUCGAAACCUCGGCGGAGGCCUCGUGUUCAGCCACGACUCCACUGCCUCCAGAGACUCUCCAAUCUGACCUUAUCCCGAUCCGAGGACAAUCUGCUGCAGCGCCUCCGCGGCAAAACCCCCACAUCCCACACACACUCACCUGGCUCCAAGGCGCAGGCACAGUCACGGUGCACGGACGCGGACACAUCAACGCUGCCACACAGUAAAAGCCUGACGGAGCUGGGCAAAAACUGCUCGGAGCUGUUUUCCAGUGACCUCGACCAGUCUGACGACUGCUUGGCCAUGAGCAUGCCCUCUGAAAAACUCUGCGCCACCCUGAGGAGGGCGGAGGCCAGGCACGGCCAAACGGCGCUCACUGGACCGCACGAGGGUCAUGAGUCCCAAAGCGACAGGUCAGACGGGGAUGCGGCUCCAUCUGCCUGCUUAGAAAGGAAAACCGAGUCAACAGCCACCGGUGAUUCAGGCGAAAUGUCACCCAAAAAGAGGAAAUCACCAGCACAGCACAAGAAGCUGACGCUAGCUCAGCUGUACAGGAUACGCACCACUCUUGUCCUCAACUCCACACUCACCGCAUCGGAGGUUUAAUAACCACUCUUCCAAAGGCUGACCAGUGGCACGUGGGCAUAAUAAAUAACACUUAUUUUGCUUAAAUGGACUGAAUUUCGUGAGACACAAAUGCACUCCCUCUCUUGCUGCCCUCUCCCUUCUGGUUGCUUUUUGGACACUUGACCAUACCAUUUUUGCAUUUUGGACAUUUUUUUCUGUGCUGUUGCAUUGGUUUCCGAAUUUCUCGAGUGGAAGGGAGAGGUAGAGAGACAUUAACUGCUUGCACUUUGCAACGGAAGUAGCAUUAUAGGGGCUGGGACCUUAAAGUGGACUGGGGGAGUGUGCACCGGUGUAGAGGUGGAGCUAAAUCCUACAUUUUCUCCAUCUCUGUUACCAGAGUCAAAGAGGAGGGACACUAAGUCUUGAAAAUUCUCUCUACAUGUGGCUAGAAAAAAAAAAACACCUACGGCGUCCUCCUUAUAUUUAUACUACUCCUGGUUUGCUUUAACAAAAGAAAAAAAAUUAAAAUUGCACAGUUAUCUAUGUUAAGUAGAAGAAUCACUAAGGGGUGAAUUUACAUUUACAGUCACACAAUGAAUUUAUUGUUUGCUGUUUUUGUCUGCUCAUGUACAGAUGUGUGUGUGAGUGUGUGUGAGUGUGUGUGAGUGUGUGUGAGUGUGUGGAUGAAUGUCGUGUUCGCAUGAUAACAUGGUCCUUGAUUCCUGACUGAACCAAAACUGAUUCCCAUCUCCUGUGAAUACGCUAACACAACCAAAGAUAGACGUGGCCGUAGAUUCCCGACAAAAAGUGCACGCAGAUGAAAAAACGACUGAAUGUGGGUGAGUCAAGCCGUUUUGAAGAAUUUCCUGCACUAUUUAUAUUAAGGCUUAAGUGUGCACGCAAUUCUUGAGGCCUAAAUGUAACAAAACCACACACAAGUGCACAAGCAAGAACAUGGUAAUGGGAAAAAACUAAAAAAAAGAAGUCUUGAGUAAUGCCUGUGUGUUUAUUAGUCUACACUAAUAAGAGAUUGAUCAAAAGGUUUGGGUUGAAUAUUCUGUAAUGAGUGAAUCAGCUUUUUGUUCCAGGAGAUUUUCAUAACAUUCACACUGACGUUCAAAUCAUUGACAUUAUUCCAAACAUCACCCAAACCAAAUAGGUUAACUCUGUUUACUAUUAGUUGUUUUUUUUGUUUGUGUAAUAUUUAUUAUGCCUAUGUUUUAUAUAUAAGAUAUUGUUUAUAUUGUUUGC